CCAAUUCUUCAUUGUCGCAUUGUUAAACCCUAAUCAUCGCAUUGUUAAACCCUAAUCACCAUCAACCCUGUUGACGUUCAUCUCUAACGCUACCCUGAAAUUUUGCUCCGGUUUCUGAAUCGCGAACCUUUCUGGUUGGUGGGCGUCUUUUCCUUAAAUCUUCGGCAAUGGCUGCAAGGAUUCUUGCUAAUCUGAUUGUUAUGGGUUCUGGAGUAAUGGCAAGAGCUGUAGUUCAAGCAUAUCGCCAGGCGCUAGCAAAUGCUGCAAAAUCUGGGGUAGCCCAAGAAACUGUGCAAAAUAUCAGGAGAGCAAGCAAAGUUAUGACUGAUGCUGAGGCAAGGCAGAUUCUAGGGGUCACAGAGCAGUCAUCUUGGGAAGAGAUCCUGAAGAAAUAUGACAACUUGUUUGGGCAAAAUGCUAAGAAUGGGAGCUUUUAUCUCCAAUCAAAGGUUCAUAGAGCUAAAGAAUGCCUGGAAGCAGUUCACCAAAAGAAAGGUCAGGGAACUCCAGACGCAUAAGCAGUGUCUGAUGUAUCGCCCAUUUAAUAUUCUCUCUCAGUUCUUUAAUUGUCCCCUCAGCAUGGGCAACCAAAAUUCUUUAUCACCUUCAUGAGUCUAUGUAAAUCAAAGUUCUUCCAAUUCCCUUGUGUUGCAAUGAACUAAUUAAGCCUAAUAUUUACAAAAGUCUGUACCAGAUUUUGAUCUUUUAAUGGUGCAUGAUGACUGUUCCAUGUAAGUUUGAUGGAACAUAAGAAAUAAUUUUUAGCACCUGAAAGUAAAGCAAGCUAAGUUUGAUGGUCAAUAGUGAAAUUUGAAUUGGAUACUGUUGUAUUGCUGAAGACAUGCUUACGCAUAAUUGUUUGAAGUUAUAUAGCCAAAUACCAAGGGAGUCUUCUUCUCGGUCAGGUUUCUAAAGCCAGAUUCUGAAGAGCGAGAGGGUAUGUAUGUGUGACCUUUUCCUAUUCUCUCUCUCUCUUUUUUUUUAAAUAGAACUCUUUCUUUCAUCGUUUCUUUAUUGUUUUCUUACACUCUGAGAGCGUCUUCCCAUAUAUAUAUAUCCUUCCAGAGUCCACACCAUGCAUGCAAAUUGAACUCCUUCUUUACAUGUUUCUCCUUACCAGCUAACCUUUAGAAAUAUAUACCCCAAACUCUUACCACUAGAGGAUAAAAUACCAGCAAGAUAUAUUCACAUACAUAUGUAUGUACAUAUGUAUGUAUGAAAGUGAUGUCUUUUGUCUUUUGUUUAUCAAUUAAAUUUCAUAAACAAAAUAGUAUUAU